AGGGGGCCGCUGAAGCCGGCGGCGCUAACACCGUUCUCCUCCUCCGCCUGCCGGACUUUCACAGAGUAGCCUUAAAAACCGUAACAACACGCACGUUACCGAUAAGUUAGCUCUCCGCAAAGCUUUUAGACCACUACGACAAUGAUUUUUGGGUGAUUCGGACAGUAACGAUAACGUUGCUCUGGUGGGCGAAUAACUAGCGGGUAACGACUCUGACAGCUCAAAGGGCAGGAAAAACCGACGAGCAUAACAAGCUACAAAUGAGCGUACCUGCAGUGACGGCACAGAAAUCAGACGGCAACAACGGUGAGAUGCAAUCAGCUGCAGUGGCUCCCUCCUUCAUCCCCAGCCAGGCGGGGAAGAUACCGGGCAGGAAGAGAGGGAGACCUCCGCUCCGCAAUGUCGCCAAGAUGGAUUUUCCUAAUCGCUACCCUGAAUCGCUCCCUCCACUCAAAGUGCCCAAGAAGAGGGGGAGAAAGCCGGGCUUCAAGCUCAAACCCAGGAUGGUGAUGACACCACUGGCUAUUUCUCCACCCAGCAGCACCCCAGAGCCCGAUAUGAGCUCCAUUCCUCAGGAUGCUGCCACCAUCCCCCACUCUGCCACGCCCCAGGUGCUCACAGUCUGUAUCUACAUCAACAAGCAGGCGAACACUGGGCCCAACCUGGACAGGAAGAAGAUCCAACAGCUUCCCGAUCACUUUGGGCCCGACAGACCCUCUGUGGUGCUUCAGCAGGCCGUUCAGGGCUGCAUCGACAGUGCUUUCCAGCAGAAAACGGUGUUCACUCUCCUCACGCAAGGCUACGGAGGAGAAAAAAUAUCAGCCACAUUUGAUGGGAAGCAGCAUCUUCUGAGCCUCCCCGUGGUGAACAGCAUCGACUAUGUGCUUCGUUUUCUGAAGAAGCUUUGUCGCAGCUUGCACUGUGAAAACCUUUUCAGUGAUCAGCCCAUUACACAGCACAGCGGUGGCUCCUACCAGUCAGAUGCUGAAACAUCAAUGGCUGAUGACUACCAUUUAGACCAGUCAGAUGGCAAACGCUACUCCGUUGACCCUGGCGAUUCCGCUUUCAGCUCCAUAAGUUCGUCCUACUCACCAAAGUCCACCUACGGGUUUCGCUCUUCACAGCAGUUCUCUAAUGGCUCAGCCUCCAUGUGCAGGCAGUCAUCCACCAGCCCAAACGCGUUCCCGGAGAGCAACAGGACAGGUUAUAAUGUGUCUUCAGAAUCGCAGGAGUCCAAGGCUCCGCCCAAUAAAGACCCAUCCACCUGGUCUGUGGAAGAUGUUGUAUGGUUCAUCAGGGAUGCAGAUCCCCAGGCUCUAGGUCCUCACGCAGAUGUUUUUAGGAAACAUGAGAUAGAUGGAAAUGCUUUGUUACUCUUAAAGAGCGACAUGAUCAUGAAGUACCUCGGACUCAAGCUGGGGCCGGCCUUGAAGCUUUGCUACCACAUCGACAAGCUUAAGCAGACUAAGUUCUGAAAACUGACUACAGUUUAUUAACCUCUUAAAUCCAGCAGGAUAUUUGAGGAAGGUCACAUCUGGGGAAGGCAGGUCUGUUAGCCAAUGGGAAGAAAGUAGAGUCAUGAGGUUUGCCACUUCAUUUAGAGUUCCCGGAAGUAAGGUGGAUCUGUUCCUUAUCUGCCCCAAAAGUAUAAAAGCAAAUCAGUUAUAUGAACUACUGAAUAACUGUAUUGUUUCAGUCUUUCAUUUAUCUCUAUCAUAAAGGCAUUUGUUGGUAACUUUAGCACUUUAACAUUAGCAAGGUCACACCACAAGACCGUAUCCAUCUAAAUUCUGUAAAUGUUAGGUUGAUUAACUAGUAUCACAGAUUAGUUUGGGUCUUACAUCGUAAAAAUCUGCACAUAUUGAUUUUUUCUUUAAAGUUUCUAUAUCAAACAUGAUAAUGAGCAUCAUUUAAUAAGCUUAUUAUUCAUUUGGAGUUAUUUUUAUGGUCACCAUAUUCAGGUCAACUUAAAUCUUUUAACUCCAGUUUUGGUCUCCACCACCUCCUAAAAUGCUAGAGGCUCCUUUUUGUUCACUGUUGGGCUCCUAAUUCUGACUGUCAGCCCUUAAGUGCUGAGCAGAUGAAGUAUAAAUGGGUUGUUUAGAGACUCUUCACUCAAAUCUGUAGUGGCAAAAAAUUACGCUAUGAAAAGAAGAAGCUACUUUCAGCUACUCCCUUAUUCACAAAGGUCUCCACGUGUUUGUUUUUUACAUGACAUUUACAUUUUUUUUUUCCUGACAUCCUAAGGCACCUAAGGGAUUUGUGUCUCCUUCCAGGAUUAAACUGGGGAUCUUUAAGUUGUUAGGUGACUGCGUAAACCACUGCACUAUGCUAUGAGAUUGACCCAAAAUAGCCAGACAACUAAACACUAAGCAAACACUGUGUAAAGGUAAAUAAAGCCAAGAGGAGCUGACGAUUCAGUCGCUGCAUCCAUUGUGCACUACAGCCAACCACCUCAUACUGAUUCUAAAAUACUCGGGGGCAGAGAGACUCAAACAUUUUGACUUUGAACUGGUGCGCCUCAGACCUGGACAGCUUACUCCCUUGCCAUUGGCUUACAGAGCAGAAAUUUUGCUAAGUUUCCCAGAGUUAUGAUUCAUCCCUUCCUCUUGUCUUAUGUCUGGCAUAAAGUUUGAUCUAAACCCAUCAUAUUGUGGAAUACAUCCUUCAUACGCAUUAUAUAACAUAUUUGAAUCAUUAAAAUCUCUUUUGUCUCACAAACCUUCAUUGGCAGAACAUCUGUCUGCUGCAGAUUAUAUAUACAGUAUAUCCGUCAUCAGACAAGCAAUGUAUAACAGAAAACAGUUUAUACCUUAAGAAAGUCUCAUUUUGUCAAAUGUCACUAUCAGAUCUCGUUUUCUCGUUUACCAAACAUAUCUACGAGUGUAUUUAAAAAAACGGUGCAUUAAAGACUACGUCGCUUUUUGAUUGAGAGAUUUAGAAAAUCAUUUUUGAUACUAUUUUUUCACAUUACUGUAUGACGAAAAAGUAAUGUUCCCAUUGAAUUUGCCUUUCUUUUUUUAAUUAUAAUUUUCAUAUUAAAAACAGUACAGCCUAACAAAAACAGAACAAUAGCCUACACAGAAGGACAGCAGCUCUCUUGUACAUACACAUAUAAAGAAAAGUGAGAGCUUUGUGAACGUGAUAUAUUAAUGUUUUAAUAUGCAAGAUUGUUACACGCCACCUAUCUCCAUAGCCUCUUUAUGUACAGUCAUAAGAACAUUUUUUUUUUAAAUUAUAUGUUUCUAUGUUUUUAUUGAGCAUCAGUGUUGAUACACAAGUUGUCAGAACACACGAAACACUUAAAUGUUAUACUGAGAAAACCCAAAAGGCCAUGUAAAUGGGUAUAUAAGAUGAUAUUGCUUUUGUAUACCACUUUUGGUGUACAGUAUGCAUCCUUUUUUAAUCAAUUAACCUUUGUAAGUGAAUGCUGCUGUAAAGAUAUUCCAUGUAAGCCAUGCCUAGUGAGAUCAAACUAAGCUGUUUUAUUUUGAAAGUCACUAUGAAUAAGACUUUUAGAGAAAGCUGAGUGGAUCAGUGCUCUAUACCGGUGCUAAAAGUUAUCAACGUAUUCAACUGUUUGCUUUUGUGUUUGUGAGAUGUAAAGGAAAACAUAUGUGUAUGCUGUAUUGUAUGUGAGCAUUAAAUUAAGAAGUCAAAUAA